AUGGCUGCACCGAUAUUUUGCCUGCCACCGGAGUUGAUGGAUCUCAUAUGCGAUGAACUGGAUGUUGUCUCGGAAGGAUGCAUGGCACUGAUCUGCAAAGCCGCCUAUGAGUACUGGAAGCCGGUCUUGAAACAUCCCAUCUUCCGACUGUCCACUCAAGAAUCAUGGCCUGGAUAUUUUGGUCAGCUUGAGUAUACCAGAGACAGGGUCCAGCUCAUGCAACGGAUCGAAACAGAAAGGUUUGCCUUCUGCCAUAGCUGCUUCAGACUCCACCCACGCCGCGAAUUUGAAGAGCCAGAGCUGCAAAAACCCGAUUUUGACAGACAUUGCAAAUGGCCAGGCGUGGCAACACGUCACCUAUCAAAAUCAGAUGAUUCUGGGUAUAUUCCAUUCCAGUUGGAACGGCCUCUUCCGACCUUGCCGGGUGGUUUCGAGGGUACCUCUUACUGUUCGGUCACGUUCCUCGGAUCGAAGGCCCUGGUUAAGGUGGACUACAUCUUUGAUUUUUGA